GCUGAGAGAGCAGAGCAGAAACGAGAGAGAUGGUGCCGUUGUUGGCCACCAAGAUCAAACCACACAACAAAAUCAAAGUUUGAAAUUCAGGACAGAGAGAGGAAGCAGAAGCAGCAGCAGCAGAAGCUAUGAAGUUGUUGAAAGGAGAGGUGGGAUUUCUCAUUCUCUACGCAGCUGCUUUCUAUGCCUUCAUCAUCCAUCGAUCCCUCCAACUCUCUCGCGAUCAUCAUGCUAAGCUCUUCGGUUUGCGUCCUGGAUGCCUCAUUCCUCAUCGCCUCAAUGAUGUUUCUGAUGCUCAAUGGAGAAACUUUCGAGGAAAUUUUCCUGUUCUUACUGGUGUCUUCACAAUGUUCACGUUGAUUGCUAAUUUGCUGAGGACAAGCUUUCAUUUAAAAGCGAGAGGGAUGUCCAUUAUUUGGAUUUUGAUUUCUUUCACAUACCUAGCAUAUCUGCAUGGAGCCUGCAUUAUAUUUAUCCUCGCAAUCGCUUCAAUGAAUUUUCUUUUGGUAAAGAUAUUUGCACGAACAAAGUAUUUCCCUUUUGUAUUUUGGAUUUUCAACAUAUUCUUUCUUCUGUGCAAUCGUGUUUAUGAAGGAUAUUCAUUCUCCAUAAUUGGGCAACGCUGGGCAUAUUUGGACAACUUUCGGGGCACCUUUAGAUGGCACAUUUGCUUUAACUUUGUUGUUUUGCGGAUGAUAAGCUUUGGCUAUGAUUACCAUUGGGCACAUCGAGAAUCUCGUUUUGACCAUAAGAAACACAUUCAGCGUUGCAAUAUUUGUAAAUCAGGGAAAACUUGUUACCAUGUUUUACAGGAGACAGGUGUCCAGAAUGACAUGUAUGCCUUUACGACUUACCUUGCGUAUUUGGUGUAUGCACCUCUUUAUCUUACUGGGCCAAUUGUAAGCUUCAAUGCAUUUGCCUCACAGUUGGAUGUUCCUCAAAAUAACUUUUCAGCUAAGGACAUUGCUUGGUAUGGUUUGCGCUGGGUGUUCAGUCUUCUUCUGAUGGAACUAAUGACACAUCUUUUCUAUUACAAUGCGUUUGCAAUCAGUGGCAUGUGGAAAGAGUUAUACCCUAUGGAUGUGUUUAUUAUUGGAUAUGGGGUUUUAAUCUUCAUGUGGCUAAAGUUUUUUCUGAUAUGGCGCUAUUUCCGGUUCUGGUCACUGAUAUGUGGCAUUGAGGUCCCUGAGAAUAUGCCGAGGUGUAUAAAUAAUUGCUACAACUUGGAAACUUUUUGGAAGAACUGGCAUGCUUCCUACAACAAAUGGCUUGUGAGGUAUUUGUACAUUCCUCUUGGGGGCACUCGGAGGAAGCUUCUCAAUGUAUGGGUUGUAUUCACAUUUGUUGCCAUUUGGCAUGAUCUAGAAUGGAAGCUUCUUUCGUGGGCAUGGCUGACAUGCUUAUUCUUUAUUCCGGAAAUGAUAUUGAAAUCAGCAACCAAUGCAUUUCAGGUUAAGAGUACUCAUGGGGAAUUUGUUGUUCGUGAACUUAGUGCGGUUGCUGGUGCAAUUACUAUCACUUGUCUCAUGGUAGCAAACCUUGUUGGUUUUGUUAUUGGACCAUCUGGGAUUAGUUGGUUGAUUUCUCAAUUCCUUAAACGAGAAGGACUUCCGGUUUUGGCAGGCAUGCUUUUGACAUUUUAUGUAGGGACAAAGCUUAUGUUCCACAUCCGCGAUGCAAAGCAAAGUAGCAGCUAAAUCGGCUCGCUGUAAGGUUUGAUUAAUUGGCUCCAGUAGCUAAUUGCUGGUGUGGAAACCGAGGUCCAGAAGUUUCAAACAGGAGACAGGUUUGCCAACAUUGUAACCUAAUGUAUGCUGGCUCAUGCCAAGGACCUCGAUGGCGGAUAAAAGUAAUCAUUCAUCACUCUACGUUCUUUUCUGGUAUACACUUAGGACAAGGAAGGUACUAUAUAAAUGUAGAGAAAGCUAAUUCCAAAUUCAAAUGUGAUUUAACUUUUGGAAAUACUUGCAUUGUAACACGAUUGUUGCUUAUUAAGAAACAAUCGGUUAUACUUC